UGUGAUGUCAAAUGUGGACAAGAGAUCGCGUGCCAAAGUUAUAACUACAAUCGAAAAUACCAAAUAUGUGAACUAAAUAACCGCACCAAGGAGGCGAGACCAGAGAAUCUCCUUUCAGCCCCUCGUGGUUUUACAUCAGGCGAUUGAACGGCAGAGGUAAGAAGUCAGAAGUCUAUGUGUCUCGCUGAUUUUUGUUUCUCUAGAUUUUCUUCAUACUUUGCCAACCUUUUUUUCUCUCUCACCUAUAAUUGAGAAAUAAGAGUAGGAAUAAAACAUAACUCCUAUUUUUACUGCAGCUCCUUUAGGUUCUAUCCCCGAAUUACCAGCGAUAUCCUGUCUCGAAAUAAAGGCGAGUGAAGGUAAAAAAACCAUUAGCGGGAAGUACUGGCUGGAUCCAACAGGCACAGGGAAGGCGAUAUUGAUUAACUGUGAGAUGGCUAGCGGAGGUAGGUCUUUUUCUUUUACGAGUUAACUUAAUUUUACCGCAAAAUUAUAGUAAUGUUAUUUUUAUUGUUAUCACUAUGAUUUGUUUGUUUAAUAUCAGUUUUAGCGUGGAUACCCUUUUUACUUCGUUUUACUUUAUUCAUUGCUUUCAUUCUAAAUUCUAGAUAUGGAUGAAUGUAAAUAUAACAUCAGUGACUGCGAUGCGAAUGCAAACUGCACUAAUACGUACAGUUCUUACAAAUGCACAUGUAAAGCUGGAUACACUGGCGAUGGACACGCAUGUUCAGGUACAGUUAAUUUUCCUCACCCAAGAUGACCAUGAAUGUGUUUCUCCAUUAACUGUUUUAGCUCACCUCUAUGCGAAGUUUCCUCGUGAUACUGAGUUCAGCUACAGAUUAAAGCAGAAUUUACAGUUUUGACGUAGUUAAUGAAUGCAGGAAUAAGCACAAGCACUUGCAUCGGAGACAAAGGAAACAUGUUUAACACUGUGUUAUGUACAUAUUAUUUUGAGUGAAGCGAUGCUAAAAAGACUUGUGACAUUAAUACGAAAUAAACCAAAGAAAGUUAUCGUCAACAUCAUUGCCGAAAAAUUACCAUCAUCAUCCACCAUCAUCUCGUCACCAUCACUUUGACCAUCAUCAUUACGAACACUUUUGUUUACAUAUAUCGAUGAAUGCAGCGAGAAAAUCCAUGUUUGUGAUGUGAAUGCAAAGUGCACUAAUACUAAUGGCUCUCAUAACUGCACUCGUUACUCCUCUCCGACAAAGAAAAUAGGCCCGCAUUUGCACGCCACGUUAGAUUAGCUCUAGCAUCAGACAGAAUCAUUUGGCACAAGUAAGCCAUGUUUAUUCCCGUGGGUAGCGCCCCCAUCUCCAGUUUCUAUUUUGUAAAUCAGAAACCUUUAUUCUAUUUUUUAUAAUAUAUUUCGGGCUGUUACACUACUAAGAAAGUAAGAGUCCUUGAGUGAAUUUUAGCGGCAAAAUAGUUUCUCACGAAGUUUCGACCAAACUUCGGUCAUUAACAAUUGAAUAAUAACAAUGUCACUAUGAAUAAUUGGUGACAUCGACACCAUUGUAUUGACCCUUUCACUCCCAAAAUCACAUGAGUAUUUCUCCUUACUGUCUGCUAUAGAAUUUGUAGGAUGCUAGCUCUGUGAAUUUGGUAGUGAAUCAACUAAUACAUUGUACAAAAAAGAGAUGAGUAAAGUGCUGAAGACAAUGGCGACAUCGACACCAUUGUAUUGGCCCUUUCACUCCCAAAAUCACAUUAGUAAUUCUCCUUACUGUCUGCCAUAUAAUUUGUAGGAUGCUAGCUCUGAAAUCUUGAUCCAUAGUCAGUGACGUUAGGAGGUCCCGUUGUCCUAUUGGUCUGCGGUUCUAGGAGGCGAGAUAAUCGCCUGGCUGUUUGCGAAUCCUUAUGAGCCAAAAUCUCGCAUUUGAGUUUGGGAGGAAUACAACCACUUUGAGUGAAUUUAUGGGGUGUGUGGAUUUUACCGAUUUUUGACAAUGGCAAACGAAAGUGUGUCGGUAAAUUUUGAUAUUUGAAAUAUUUGUCCCGUGGCGACCAUUUACGCAACACGACUCGCGUAUUUUUAGCUAGCCCAAUAUAAAGGUGCCGAUAUUUAGAAAAUCAAUCAGAAUGUCGAAAAAAGCUUACAUACUUUUAUUUAUUGAUACCUUGUGAAUAACACUGUGCAGCCAAUUAGAUCGUACUGCGGUAUCCCAUACCCAAUAAAUUCAAUAGAAGAACCUUCAGUCGUUUCACGCCUUACCGGCUCCUCACACUUCCGUAAAAGAAAAGUCGCUUAAAUUCUAUUUUCAGCGUAAACUACAUUUUCAUGCUUUCUUCUGAUAUAUAGUUUGCUAGGAUUUUAGUGAAACUAGUGAACGUAAUUUUUCCCGAAGGACACACCCGAAGGUGGGAAGUAAUAAACUUAAUGCUGAUGACUUCUUAGGUAGUGUUCCUGACUUUUAAAUGAACAAUUUUGGAGACUGAUACGUGCUUCUGCCUUAAAAUUAACCUUUUCACAAAGAUUGACAGAAGCAUGAAAAUGAAAUCGCUCGUUUGGCUCUGAACCCUGUGCACAGAGUGGAUAUGUUAGUGAUUUUCCAUGGCACUACGUUUUGUUGACGCUUAGGAUAUAUUUGAGUGAAAAAAGUUGAAAAUUAUUAUCAUCAAGUUAAAAUAGUCAAGAUAAUACGAGUGCCCUGAUUGGUCAAAAAACAAUCGUUAAUUGCACCUGUAAAUCCAUGAAAAUUAAAAUUUAUGUUAUUAUAGUAACAGACAGCACUCUCUAUCAGUUAACUAGCGUAGUAAACGUCUCCAGAUGUUGGGAAACCAUUCGGAAAAAAAAGUAAAUCACUCACCUCCAGCUCGGAAUUACAAACUUUUCUUGUGUUCUCACAACAUCCCGCGUGGGUUAUCUCGCCAGUAAAUUGAUAGAAUAAGCGAUGAAUAUAGGGGGUAAGUUUCUAAAGAAACUCUGAUGCUGCGUCGGUGGGGGAGUAUAACAAAAUAAUUUAGUAUUAUAAACUGAGUUGGUAACGUAAAUUGGCCACCGUUUAUAGUUUUAAAGCUGAUGCUCGAAACGUCAGCUUCGUAAUUCUUUACGGUGGCCAAUUUACAUUAUCGACUCAGUUGAUGAAACCAAACUAUUUCACUUAUCAGAUUCAUGACAAAUGCGAAAAUAUAAUAAAACAAAAGGGAAUUCUCGAUAAUCAGAUCCAUGACAAAUUCGAAAAUAUAUUAAAAAAAUUAAAAAAAAAGGGAGUUCCAGUAGAGGUACAAAGAACUCAGGCUUUGAUGGGCGAUUUAAGCGAGAGGAAACAACUCUUUUCAGUGCCAUCACUUCAUUUUAGCUCCUUUGUACAUCAUCAUUGUCCAAGGCAAAUCCUUCUUCAAAAUUUACUGAAUGCAUAGUUGUUCUUUUAAAACACAAGUCCUGUCUGCUUGUUGUCGAACUGAUUUAUUAGAAAAAUUUCAACAAAAAUAUGUUACCUUUGAUAGGCCGACCCAUGUUAUAAUUAUCAAAAUCUAGAAUAGAAAGAGCAGUUACGCUACACCGUAGUUUGGUCCAGUGUUUUGUGAUGAAUUACCCCCCGAAAGAUAGUAUUGUUUUGUGGGAGCUGCAGGAACAAGCCAGUUGUUUCAGAGCUGUCAGCUUGUUAAGUUGAAAUAUUCACAAUGAAAUAUAUGUUUGAAACAUCUGAUUUGUGAAACACACAAAAAAGGAAACUUUGUUUUAUUAUUUAUAAUUAUCAAAGUAAUUACACGACUGAGAGUCCGCCCAUUUUUAAAGUGACAAUAAUAAAGUACAUAUGUGUUUUCUCAGAUAUUGACGAAUGUAAAGGAAAUCACUCUUGUCACGUGAAUGCUACCUGCACGAACACCAACGGAUCCUAUGUUUGUGAAUGCCGCUCUGGAUUUAAUGGAAAUGGUCAAGACUGCACAGGUGAAUUUAAUCUUUUUGCUGUAAUAUUUAGAAUAUUCCUACUCGAAUCUAACCUGACGCUGCUGAGGUGGUCACUGUGGGCCAUAUUAUUAGGUUGUCAUAUGUAAACGAUACUGGCUGUGCCUUAAGUCUGCCUAGAGCUGUCUUUUAAUGCGCUGUCUGAGAAAGAAGGAGCUUAAAUUUGGAUCCAGCUGAAUUCAUUUGGUUAAUAUCACUGUUUUAGCCUCUUGGAGUGAUGCUAUCCUACACAUGAACUACUUGACCCCUUAAUUAAUGCAUAGUCAUUUUUCUUGUUGAGUACAAAUUUCAUCUCUGAUUGGCGAGCUGCCAGAACUAUAAUAUAUUAGUAAAAGAUCUUGAACCAUUCAUUUAAUACUCACAGUCCUUUUGCAAAUUUCAUUUCACUUCGUAGCCGAUCCUUGCUAUCAUUAUCAAAACCUGAGUGAAGCCAAUAGAAAGAAAACUUACGCAACACCUUACGCUCCAGGAUUGUGUGACAAACAACUCCCUGAGGGAUGGUAUCGUUUUGUGGGAGCUGCAGGAACAAAAAUGCCAACAACGCGUGUGCCAGCAUUCAGAUGUGGUACAUACUGGUCAGGCUGGUUGAAUGGUACUCAUCCUACAGUGGAAGAUGGUGAAGUUCGAAGAAGAGUCUGCUUUAGCGAUCGCAUUACUGGUUGCAAACAAUUAAAAGAUAUUUUUGUAAAAAACUGUGGAUCCUACUUCAUCUACAAACUUCUAAAGUCCAGUUAUUGUAACUCGCGCUACUGUGGUACAGACUAG